UUUGCCUAAACUUACUUCACCAAACCACUUUUCCGCUGACACUGUCUAGUGUCUGAAGAGUUCAAAACAGUAUCAGUGCCGACUGUCACCAUGGGCUCAGAUCAUUCAUGGCAGAUACACAGACAACUACAUAGAUGAACAGACACAAAGAGCCAGGACUUAGCUAAAAGCCUUGCCACUAUGCCGGUGAAGUCGGAGGCGCGGUCGCGCUGCUUCUUCGACCUGGAGGUGGACGGCGUACCGCUGGGCCGAGUGGUGUUCGAGCUGUUCAGCGAUGUGUGCCCUCGGACGGCGGAGAAUUUCCGCGCCCUCUGCACCGGAGAGAGGGGCCUGGGGGAGCGCACUCAGAAGCCGCUGCACUACCAGGGCGUCAAGCUGCACCGCAUCGUGCGCGACUUUAUGAUCCAGGGCGGCGACUUCUCCGCCGGUAACGGCACCGGCGGCGAAUCGAUCUACGGCGGGACCUUCGACGAUGAGAAUUUCGAGCUGGAGCACGACCGUCCGUUCCUGCUGUCGAUGGCCAACCGCGGGAAGGAUACCAACGGCUCGCAGUUUUUCCUAACAACUCAGCCUGCUCCACAUCUCAAUGGCGUCCACGUAGUGUUUGGCCAAGUGGUGUCCGGCCAGGAAGUGGUCUCCCAGGUGGAGGCCGUGCCCACGGACAACAAGUCGCGCCCACUGCAGGACGUGCGCGUGGCCCGCUGCGGCCAGCUGGUGCUGCAGACCAAACACAAGGACAAAAAGAAGAAGAAGAAACGGGACCGGAGCGCGUCAUCGGAGGAAGGCAAAAAGAAGAAAAGCAAAAAAGACAAGAAAGAUAAGCAUGCUAAGGAGAAAGUGCCCGCGCCGGAGCCGGCCGAGGGGGCGGAGGAGCCGGCCGGCGGCGAGCACCCGCUCACCACCACCACCGCCAUCGACCCGGACGAGAUCCCGGCCGUGCCCGAGAACCGCUUCCUGGAGCGGUCCGGCGGCGGCCGUCCCGACCGCGACCGUCCCGACCGGGACCGCGGCGACCGCGACCGCCCCGACCGCGGCGACCGGGACCGCGGCGACGACUCGCGCAGCCGACAGCGACGCCGCUCGCGCACCGAAAUACGCGCCGGAAAAAAGGUCAAAGGGCGCGGCUUUCUGCGCUAUGAUCCUGAGAUGGCCAGGUCCCGCAGCCGCACGCCGCCCCACUGGCGCGUCGCCCAGAAGCGCACCAUCAAACUGAGCCAGUUUGAGAGGAUGAAGGAGCAGGAGAGCCGUCGCGCCGAGGAGCUGAAGGCCCGCGAGGAGCAGCGUCAGAAGCGGCACGCCGAGCGGGACCAGCAGGAGCGGGAGCGACACGCCGAGCGGGACCCGCAGGAGCGGGAGCGGGAGCGGCACGCCGAGCGGGACCCGCAGGAGCGGGAGCGGCACCAGCAGGAGCGGGACCAGCGGCACAGGCACAGGAGUGAGCGGAGUGAGGAAGGUGCUGAGAAGGAGCUGACGGAGCCGGCCGACCAGCGCGGGGCCAGCAGCGACCAGCGCAGGGCCAGCAGCGACCAGCGCAGGGCCAGCAGCGACCAGCGCGCGGCCAGCGCCGACCGCCCAG